AAUUUUUUUUCACCGGCGCGAGCUGUCUAGCAACCAUCAAGAAAAAAGGGAGUGCAAAUAAACAGUGCAAACUCAAGUAGUGGGACGAGUGAAUGGUCAUCGAGUGAUACAAUUCUGCAAGGUGGUUGAUUGCUUUGUAGAUUUGCCUUGGAAAUGGACAGUGACAGUGCCAAUGACGUGCAGGCAGAGCUGGACUCUGUGGAGGCAGAGCUGGAGGUGGUGGAGCUGCAGAUAGCUGAGCUGCUGGAGAAGCAGGCUAGCCUGACCUCCAGGAGGAAACGACUGCUCCGCAAGCUGGAGGAGGCAUGUGACUCCGCCCAGCCCUCUGGAUCCUCCUCAGGCUCUGGACCUGGACCUGUAAUGACCAAGCAGGAGCUGCUGCGCUAUGAGAAUGAUGAUUUUCCGUGGUCUACAGAGCUGGAGCAGAAUCUGAAGGAUGCGUUCCAGCUCUCUAAGUUUCGUCCUCUCCAGCUGAAGGCCAUCAACCUUAGUAUGUCUAAUAAAGACCUCUUCCUAGUGAUGCCCACUGGACGAGGGAAAAGCCUCUGCUAUCAGCUACCUGCAGUCUGCUCUGAGGGUUUCACUCUGGUCGUAACUCCUCUAGUUUCUCUGAUGGAGGAUCAGCUCAUGUACUUAAAGUCCAUCGACGUUGAAGCCGUCUCUCUCAACGCAUCCAGCAGUAAGGAACAUGCUAAAAUGGUCCUAGCUGGGAUGACCGACACCAAAGCGCCUUUCAAGCUGCUGUAUGUGACUCCAGAGAAGAUAGCGAAGAGCAAGCUGUUGAUGUCGAGGCUGGAGAAGGCCUACAAUGUAGGCAGGCUUAGCCGUAUUGCUGUGGACGAGGUGCACUGCUGCAGCCAGUGGGGACACGACUUCAGACCUGACUACAAGCUCCUGGGGAUCCUGAAGAGGCAAUUUCCAAAGGUUCCGUUGCUAGGGCUGACAGCCACGGCAACCAGCAGUGUUCUAAAGGACUGUCAGAAGAUCCUGUGUGUCCCUGAGCCAAUCACACUCACCGCCUCCUUCAACCGCACCAACCUCUACUACGAGGUACGCCUUAAAGACUCGAACAGUGAUGAUUCAAUCAGUGACAUCUCAGCACUGAUCAAGGAGAGAUAUAAGGACCAGUCAGGGAUAGUGUACGUGUUUUCCCAGAAGGAUGCAGAGACAGUGUCAGCAGACCUACAGAAGAAAGGUAUCAAUGCAAAUCCAUACCACGCUAACAUGAAUCCAGAGGACAAGUCACGGGUUCACCGCAAAUGGGCCACCAACAAGAUCCAGGUGGUGGUAGCUACUGUGGCAUUUGGGAUGGGGAUUGACAAGCCUGACGUCAGAUUUGUCAUCCAUCACACCAUCAGCAAGUCCAUAGAGAACUACUAUCAGGAGAGUGGCCGAGCAGGCAGAGACGAUAAGCCGGCUGACUGCAUUGUGUACUUUGGCUUCAACGACAUCUUCAGGAUCAGCACCAUGGUUGUCAUGGAGAACGUAGGACAACAGAAGCUGCUGACCAUGGUCGACUACUGUCAGAACGUAGACAGGUGUCGGCGCUCAGUGAUCGCUGUUCACUUUGAUGAGGUUUGGGAUGAUGAAGGAUGCAACGAGAUGUGUGAUGUCUGUCGCCAUGGCAAUGACUACAUCACGGUGGACAUCACGCAGCAUGCUAAAGAUGUGGUCCAGAUUGUGGAGCUGGCGGGCUCUCUGGACGAGAAGCUGACCCCCUUGAAGGUGACCGAGGCCUGGAUGGGGAAGGGUCCGGCCAAACGCAGGAAGAUGAUCCAGACCACCACCCUGUCUCGCCUGGAGGUGGAGGCCAUCAUCACAAACCUACUGCUGCAGGGAUACCUUAGUGAAGACUUCAGUUUCACUCCGUACACCACCUACUUCUACCUGAAGCUGGGUCGUAAGGCCCCACUGCUGAAGAACCAGAGUCACUCCAUCACCAUGAAGAUGAGGAGGACAGGCCUGGACGCCAACACGGUAAAUGUGUCCCAGGUAAAGACCAAAGAAGGAAAGAGAUCUGGUGACAAUGCUGCAAACUCCCCUGUCACCAAGAAAGUCAAGAAAGACCUCUAGUGCCCCCCUGAAGAGACCAAAGAAAAAGAGGACCAAUUAGCUGCUGGAGCUAAAGAGGUGGUGGUGACCUCCCAGUCCCCUCCUCCCGUUGCCCCCAACGACAGCAGCACUCCCCCUCCCAGACACAACAAACUGAUCAAGAUGGAUAAAGAGCAGCAGAAUCUGGCCAGGAAACAAGACAAGGACCAUGACCAGACAGAAAG